AUGGCGGAGGGCAGCACUUCCCAACAACAAUUCAUGUCGUUCACCAAGACUUACCACCACAAACCAUACGACCUGAUCUCUCCCUCUAGACCUGAGCUCUCAGCAGCCGGCAAGAAUGUUGUGAUCACUGGCGGCGGCACCGGCAUAGGAAAAUCGAUCGCCCUUUCUUUUGCUAAGGCUGGUGCGAGCUCCAUCUGUAUUCUCGGCCGACGACUCGACCGCCUUGAGAUCGCCGUGGCAGAGAUCCGCAGCACCGCCAAGCUUGGAACUCAAGUUCUUUGCAAGAAAGUGGAUCUCUCAAUUCGCGAUGAAGCUUGCGCAGCUAUUGAUGAGAUUUCAUCAGCGGUCGGAAACAUCGACAUCUUGGUUUCUAAUGCUGGGUUCUUCCCUAAAGUUGGCGGCGUCGUCCAUCAAGGAGCGGAAGACUACAUGGAGGGUUUCAAGCUCAACGUGGUCACCACGCUGCACGCCUUGCAAGCUUUUGUCCCCCAUGCAGCCCGAGGCGCCAUAGUGCUGAACAUUUCGACAUCUCUGGCUCACAUUAAACCGUGGGCAGGACUCUCGGGCUACUGCGUCACCAAAGGAGCAAAUCUCAAGCUUGUGGACUUUUUCGCGGCGGAGAAUCCUGACAUUCACGUUGUCAACGUUCAGCCGGGAGUCAUCGAAACCGAGCUGAGCCCGCAAGGCACUACCUUCAACACGACUGAUGAUCCGGCACUCCCUGGUCACUUUUGCGUGUGGCUAGCAUCUCCCGAAGCUCGAUUUCUCAAGAACAAAUUCGUCUGGGCUAACUGGGAUGUCUAG